CCCGAAACAGUGGGCUAAUUUACGAUAUUAAGCAGUUAAACGAAAAUCUGAUAUCCGUAAUUCUAUAUUUUCCCAUCCAAAUAUCUUAAAGUGGAAAGGAUCCUCCUCAAUAUAGCGGAUUAAUUCCUUCUGAUCCCACUCAAUUUUCCUGUAACAUUUUGUUAAACACUAGUUUCCCCAGGCCUAGAAGCUGAAAAUGCAGGGAGGAAGAGACCCAUUUUCCAAUUUUGGUGGCCCUUUUGGUAGUUUUAGUGGUUUUGGUGGAUUCGGAGGUCAGAGGAGUUUAGUAUCUAGUUUUUUUGGUGGCAGGGACCCAUUUGAUGAUCCUUUUUUCACCCGCCCAUUUGGAGGCAUAUUUGAAUCAUCCCCUUUUGGUCCUGGCGGAGGCCCUUUCAUGGGCUCGCAGUCAUCCCCUUUUGGUUCUAUCGGAGGCCCGUUCAUGGACUCGCACAUGACUGGAUUUCUAGAACAACAGCCGUCUGUCCCCUACCAGCAGCCUAGGUCUAGGGGUCCAGUUAUUGAGGAGUUGGACUCUGAUGAUGAGAAAGAGGAAAAGGAAAUUGCAAAAGAGAAGAAACAGAACACGAGAAAGCAUGCUAGGGCAAGCACUGAGCCUUCUGUUGAAUAUCCAGAUGAUGAAGCUGGAGAGAGAAAGAGUAAGCAAAUGGUAUUCCAGAAUGAUAUCCAGAGAAUAAAUAAUGAACAGCAGCCUCAAGUUCGUAGCUUUAGCUUUCAGAGUUCCACUGUGUCUUAUGGUGGUGCAAAUGGGACCUAUUAUACUUCUUCCAAAACCAGGAGGACCGGAAGUGAUGGACUGACAUUUGAGGAAAGUAAAGAAGCCAAUUCAGCUACUGGUCGAGCAAGUCACAGGGUCUCAAGGGGAAUCCAGAAUAAGGGUCAUUCUGUGUUGCGGAAACUCGACUCAGAUGGUAGGGUGGACACAAUGCAGACAUUGCACAACCUUAAUGAAAAUGAACUUGCUGGAUUUGAACAAGCCUGGAAAGGAAAAGCUAGAAAUCAGCUACCUGUCAUGUAUGGGGGGCUUAAUAUACAAGGUGAUACUGGCUCUGGGAGCACUGCUCAGAAUGGUGCAUAUAAGGGUGGAUGGGCACUUCCUUCGACGGAGAGAUCACAUCAUUCAGGGAACUUCGGACCAGAAGUGGAGAAUGCAGCUGGUCCAUCCCAUCCAAUGCAUUCACGGAAGCUGAAAACAGAUGCUGGGAACGUGAUGGGUUCUUCUAGGGUCACUACUGGUAGUAAUCUGGAGAAAGCUAAGAAACGUUGAAGGAUUCGAUUUGCCCCAAAAAAUUUGGGUGCUGCUUCACAAUGUCAAGUCAUGUAUAGCGACUUGUAUUUUGCUAUUCUGCCUUCUUUUUCAGGAGGCGGCACAUCUAUGCACCCUAAUCGUUCUCAUCAUCUAGUGCUGUAGUAGCAGACUUGUCUAGCUGUUGUAAUGUCUGGCCAGUCCCACUGGAUGGUAUAAGAGAUUUGUCAGGGAUUUUGAUCAUGAUCACCUGAUAUUAGUAGCUUAUAGUUUUGAUCGAUGGGGACCCUGUUGAAUACGUUUGCAGCUUUAUAAAUAUAGUAUAUUUCUGCUUA